AGCCGCCGGUUUAAACGGAGGGGCGGGAGGAGGCUCACUUUGAAUCCGACCGAGGAGCCGACAGGAGGAGACAUGGCCUCUCAGAACAUGGACCCUGCAGCCGCCGCAUCCACCGCCGCCCUGAAGGGCAGCGACACCGGGGGCAGCGCCGCCAGGGGCUCGGUGUCCAAGAGACUGCAGCAGGAGCUGAUGACCCUGAUGAUGUCGGGUGAUAAGGGCAUCUCUGCGUUCCCAGAGUCAGACAACCUGUUCAAGUGGAUCGGGACGAUCGACGGGGCCCCGGGCACGGUGUACGAGGGCCUGCGGUUCCGUCUGUCCCUGGACUUCCCCAGUGGUUACCCCUACAAAGCUCCGCGUGUGAAGUUCCUGACUCCGUGUUUCCAUCCCAACGUGGACGAGCAGGGCUUCAUCUGCCUGGACAUCCUGAAGGACAGGUGGUCCGCGCUCUACGACACACGCUCCAUCCUGCUGUCCAUCCAGAGCCUGCUGGGAGAGCCGAACAACGAGAGUCCGCUGAACCCCGCCGCCGCCGAGCUCUGGGACAACCAGGAAGGUGAGGCCGCCGGGGCUCAUGGGAGAUGGAGUUUAGGCUGAUGGGAAUCGGAGUUGGAGUUGACCCUCUGCGUUCAAAGCCCACCUCCUCUCCUCCCAGCAGAAGUGAAGCAGCCGUCGCUCCGUCUCGUCCGUCUUCCUGUUUGUAAAAUAUUUUUAUGUUUGUUUCCGUGUGUCAAUAAAGUUCUUAAUUCUA